AUGUACAGCAUCAUGAUGGAAACGGACUUGCAUUCCCCCGUGGUGCCCCAGACAAACCCAUCCAACCCCGGGGUACACGCGGGAGGAGGAGGCGGGGGCGGCGGAGGCAAAGUCUCCCAGGAGAGAAUCAAGAGACCCAUGAACGCCUUCAUGGUCUGGUCCCGGGGCCAGCGGAGGAAAAUGGCUCAGGAGAACCCCAAGAUGCACAACUCUGAGAUCAGUAAGCGGCUGGGGGCAGAGUGGAAGGUGAUGACGGAGGCGGAGAAGAGACCUUUCAUCGACGAGGCGAAACGACUCCGGGCCAUGCACAUGAAGGAACACCCGGACUACAAGUACCGGCCGCGCAGGAAGACCAAGACUCUACUGAAGAAGGACAAGUAUUCGCUGGCGGGGGGACUGCUCGGCUCGUCGGCGGGUGUGGGGAUGGGCGGCGGCCAGCGACUGGAGAGUCCCGGAGGAGGGCACGUGGGAGCCAACGCGGGCUACGCGACCCACGUCAACGGCUGGGCGAACGGCAGCUACUCGGGCCAGGUGGCGGCCGCGGCGGCGGCGGCUCACGCCAUGAUGCAGGAGGCCCAGCUGGCGUACACGCAGCACCCGGGGGCCGCGGCGCACCCGCACCACCCGCACCACCACCCGCACCCCCACCACCCGCACACCCCGCAGCCCGUGCACAGGUACGACAUGAGCGCCUUAUCUUACAGCCCCAUCUCAAACUCUCAGAGCUACAUGAGCGCGUCGCCGCCGGGCUACGGCGGCCUCACCGGCUACACUCACCAGCACCAGGGCUCCGGGCUCUCCCCGGUGUCCGGGGCCAUCGGGGGGACUCUGGGGCCGCUUGUCAAAUCUGAGCCAAGCGUCAGCCCCCCGGUCUCCAGCGCGCGCGCGCCGCCGUGCCCCGCGGGGGACCUGCGGGACAUGAUCAGCAUGUACCUGCCCCCCGGAGAGGCGGCGGACUCCUCCGUGCAGAGCCGGCUGCACGUGCUGCCCCCGCAGCACUACCAGAGCGGCUCCACGCCGGUCAGCGGGACGCUCCCCCUCACGCACAUUUAA